AUGUCUGUUUUCCCUAAAAUAUCUUUGAGACUUGAAGUUGAAAACUAUCUUAAAGCGGGCUUUAUGAAUAAGGAGAUUCUGUCUGCUUUAGGUAAACAAGAAGCAGAAAGGAGGUUUGAAACGCUGUUACAUAACUUGUCUCAUCCUCCAUCAUUCACCACGGUCAGAGUAAAUACACAUCUAGCCUCAGUACAGCAUGUGAAAAAUCUAUUAUUUGAUGAGCUUCAGAAGCAGUUUAAUGGAUUAAGUUUUCCUAUUCUUCAGCAUCCAGACCUUCAGGAUGUCUUACUUAUUCCUGUUAUUGGACCUAGGAAGAAUAUAAAACAACAACCUUGUGAAGUCAUUGUUGGAGCCCAGUGUGGCAAUGCUGUGUUACGAGGAGCCCAUGUCUUUGUCCCUGGAAUUGUAUCAGCCUCAAAAUUUAUGAAAGGUGGAGAUCAUGUUUCUGUAUACUCUGAUAUUAAAGGCAAAUGUAAGAAAGGAGCCAAAGAAUUUGACGGAACAAAAAUAUUUCUUGGAAACGGGAUUUCUGAACUAAGCCGCAAAGAGAUCUUCAGUGGGCUGCCUGAACUGAAAGGCGUAGGCGUAAGAAUGACAGAGCCAGUGUAUCUCAGCCCUUCAUUUGAUAAUGUACUGCCCAACUACUUAUUUUUACAGAAUUUGCCAUCUGCUGUAGUAAGUCAUGUUCUGGAUCCUCAGCCUGGAGAGAAGGUUCUAGAUUUGUGUGCAGCACCCGGAGGCAAAACGACACACAUUGCAGCACUGAUGUGCGAUCAGGGAGAAGUGAUAGCACUGGAUAAAAUAUCCAAAAAAGUAGAAAAAAUAAAGCAGAAUGCAUUAUUGUUAGGAUUAAAUUCCAUCCGGGCAUUUUGCUUUGAUGGAACAAAGGCCCUUAAACUUGAUAUGGUUAAGGACACAGACGGAGAACCUCCAUUCUUACCAGAAUCAUUUGACCGAAUUCUUCUCGAUGCUCCCUGCAGUGGAAUGGGACAGAGGCCAAACAUGGCAUGUACUUGGACGUUGAAAGAAGUGAUGUCCUACCAGCCGUUACAGCGAAAACUCUUCACUGUGGCGGUAGAGCUGCUCAAGCCAGGGGGUGUGCUGGUGUACAGCACGUGCACUGUCACCCUGGCAGAAAAUGAGGAACAGGUUGCCUGGGCCCUCGAGACGUUUCCCGCCCUUCAGCUUCAGCACCAGGACCCACAGGUGGGAGGAGAAGGGAUGCUGGGAGCUGGCCUGUCACCUGAACAGUUGAAACGGCUGCAGCGAUUCGAUCCCUCUGCAAUGUGGUCACUGGACCGUGACAUUGGUUCUCUGAGAGACGCCAGCAUAGAAGACCUGGUUUGGCUGGCAAAUAAAGAUUGUAUAGGUUUUUUCAUAGCAAAAUUUGUAAAAUGCAAAAGUGCACAGUAG